AUGUCCGUUAGAGAGUAUAGUGUGGAGUUUGACUCUUUAGCUAGAUAUGCCCCUUCUAUUGUGCAGGAUAUGGAGGAUAGAAUCCACCACUACGUAAGGGGAUUAGAGCCGGAGUUACAGGAGGCUUGUAUGGCAGUUGCCAUGCAGCCGGGUAUGGAUAUAGCUCGUGUUCAAGCUUAUGCCCAGGGGUCAGAAGAUCGGAAGCGUCAGCGAGAGGCUACCUCGGGGCAGAGUAGUGGUCAGCCCAAGAGGGCCAGGUCGGAGGGUCAGAAUAAAGGUUCCACCAGAGAAAGCAGACCCCAGUCUAGCGCAUCCUCGCAGUUUCAAGGAUCUCAGCGGGGUAGGGAGGCUUUUCCUAGACAAAGACAAAAUUUUUCUUAUGCGUCGGGCUCCCAGCAGCAGGCGGGGUCAGGGCAGGAGGUGAUGCCCCCUCCCCAAUGUGCGACUUGUGGGAGACGCCACGUAGGGCGAUGUCGGCGUGGCGUGUGUUAUACUUGUGGUGAUCCGACGCAUUAUGCUAGAGACUGUCCGCAAGGAGUGGGCCAUACUGCUCUUGGAAACUCGGCAGCAGCGUCGUCACCUUCGGUGAGAGCCCCCGAGACAGGACCUCAGGCUUCCUCCGGUCGAGGUAGGGGCGGAGGUAGAGCCCCUAAUACCAGUACGGGGCCACAUCGUAUCUACGCGCUAGGGGGAAGACCGGAUCCAGAGGCUCGACAGGAUACACCACCAGGUAAUCUACGUUAG